CGCCCGGGAAGCGAACCGUCAACACCACGUGCCCAGCGCCCCAGCAGGUGAUUCGCAGGAAGAUGGAGCUCGUAGUGGCGUGAGAAUUGUCGCGAAGAAGACUCAGAUUUCGCAGCGUGAGGCUUCGAAGGAUUCGGUAGCAGUGAAAUUGGCGUCUUAUCGGCAGAUGCACGAGUUGGCAGCAGAGGGCGUUGCUGCGCAGUAGAGGUUUAGCGUGUGAGGCGAGGUAGCGGCAAGAGUAGCAGCGCCAUGUCGAGCAGCCAGAGCGCGGGCUACCGGCUGCCGGCGUCGUCGACGUCCCCCGGCUCCUCGCAGCCGCGCAGCGGGGGCGUCGUCGAGGUGACGCGCGCCGACUCCAGCUCGUCGCCGCACCACCACCACCACCAGCACCACCAGCACCACCAGCACCAGGCGGGCCACCAGCACGGCCAGCAGCACCAGGCGGCGCACAAGCUGGCCGGCUACUUCCUGUCGCAGUCGGGCGGCCGCGACGCCUGCGACGGCAGCGACGACGAGCUGGCAGACCUGCCGUCGUGCGCGUUCGCGGCGCGCAGCGCGGCCGCCGCCGCCGCCGCCGCCGCCGCCGCUGCCGCCGCCGUCUGCUCCUCCAGCAGCUCCGCCAACGGGCCGCACCACCACCUCGGCAUCCACUACCUCGGACUCGCAGGCGGCGGCGGCGGCGGCUUCUACCCGGCGGCGGGCGGGGGCGGCGGGGGCGGCGGGGGCGGCGGCGGCAGCCCGUACCGCAUCCAGCGGCACGCCGCCAACAUCCGGGAGCGCAAGCGCAUGUUGAGCAGCAUCAACUCGGCGUUCGACGAACUGCGCGUGCACGUGCCCACGUUCCCGUACGAGAAGCGCCUCAGCAAGAUCGACACGCUCCGGCUGGCCAUCGCCUACAUCGCGCUGCUGCGGGAGGUGCUGGCGGCCGACUGCGACCCGCUCACCUACGUGGAGCGCUGCCUGCGCGGCGAGGUGAAGGCGGCCGACCGCGCUGAGUGGAACACGAGCGACCUGACGGCGCGGCUGUCGUGGAUCAACUGGGAGAACCUGGGCGUGAACCCGUCUCGUCGCGGCGUGCUCACCACGCUGACCCUGAGCGCCGACUCGCUGCAGCACUGACCCGCGGCGCGCCUCGCCGCCGACGGCCUCCACGACGCGGACGUCGACGCCGUGUGGCGCCUGUCGGGGCCGCCCAGCGACCGCUGAGCGUGGCCGGCGAGCAGCACUCCAGCCGAGCGAGAUGCCCCAGCGAGCAGUCGCGGAGUACCGCGUGAAGUACUUUUGACUGUCAAGACUUUUUUGUUGUUGUUCUUAUAGCCGUGUGGAAGACAGACGGAUUGUCAACACCGUUCGUCACUGGCUGCCAUUUGAAAUCGCUCCUCCUAAGACAACGGAAGAAAAUUACUGAAACAUAUUUCUUGUCCAAAUAAGAGAUCGCUCUGAUUGUGUGGCAUCUCCAGCCACAUUGCAUGUGUGUCUCCGGUAGUAUGCGACUGUUGACCGAAAUUUGAACCACUCUACAGGCUCCUCGAGCAGUGAUAAGGACGCUGAAACAUUACUAAAACUUCUGAAAUACACAGUAGCAAAGUCAACAGUUGUAAUUAGACUUUUCGAAGCCACAAAAAUAACAGAACAGAUCAGUAAAUAUCAGUUACAGAAAAUCUGUGAUAUCCGUAAACGAAAUUGUGAAAAUAUAGUUUCCUGUAGUGUCGCGUUAUGACUACGGAGGAAGACUCACGGAGUAUUAGCCAGAAUGUAGUCUUGCUUACACCAUCAUAGUGAUAUACUCCGAUACGCACAUUUGUCGUGUUAAAUUGCAUGUUACGGCUACCAAAUGAAUGAGUUUAUGUGCCAUCCUACGUACUGCCAUUUCUUCCCAAAAAACUUGGUCAGUUCGUUGCAGUAUCGAUAAAGCGUAGUUACCACACUCGUGACACAAACGCAAACGCUUAGUUUAUCCGGUUUCUAGAGUAGUUUAGUCGUUCAUAGUUAAAUGUUCCAUUUCAAAAAUUAGCAAUAUUCUGUACUGCAUAUAUAAGCCAGAGAACUGUAAUUUGAUCCACAAAUGCUUCAGCUGUUAAUAUUAUGCUUCCAUCGCUCAUAAGAGCGCCCGUACAGUUAGUUUGUAGUGGGGCGGGGGAAUGGGGGUGGUAUGGGUGGGAGGGGGAGGAAAGAAUGGGGAGGCAAGACCUUAGGGCUUGGAGUACUCGUAAUCUUUUGCAAGUCGAAUAGCAACUUGCAAGUAGCUAUUACAAAAGUCUAGUUCCUACCCUGUUAAAUACCUGCGUACUAGCUACUUUUAAACAAUUUUCUUGAAAGAAAAACACCACUGCUGCAUAUUUAUUCCUCUCUCUGAAAGGUAUGGGGGAGGUGGCAGGGGGAGGGGGCGACCCUCCUUUGCCCCAAGGUAUGGGCGCCCUUGAGCACUCAGUACUGAAACGACAGACAGCAGCGUGUUUAUCGUUAUACCUACAAUGAAUAUGGGCAGGUAUUUUCUCUACAUAGUGCUCUUUUCUCGCCUUGACACACUGUUAACUUCCACCUGUCGAAACAAACGGGGCACUGAUACGCAAACAUUAAUAUGGUAUUGCAGUUGUUGCUUCAUAGUACCCAACAGUUUCCCAGUCGGCCAUAAACUCUACUUCCUGACGAUACUAGAUAGGAAAUAAAUGCUAUGUACCUGGAAGCGGUAUAUUUUGUCAUUUGUGUACAGGCUAUCAUUUAAGCUUGGAUGGAAGAAACUUUUCGUCCCAGCCUAACAGUUCUGAUUCAGGAACAACGAUUAGGAUUCAAGAUCGCGCCCUACCAAAGUAACCAUCCAAGCAUUUGCGUUAAGCGUUUUAGGGAAAUCUCCAAAACCUGAAUGUGACUGGACGGACAGCGAUUUGUACAGCUGUCGUGUAAAGUUAGUACAGCGUUUUACAUCUGUAGCAACACACGCGGUUCCUCAUUUAGACUAGUUGUUGCUUCUCUGAAUCACUUCAUUUCUGGCAAGCAAGGGAGUAAGAGCUGACUUCCUUCCAUAUAUUUUCCCCUUAAAGCAAUGCUCUUUCUCUAAUUUCGAUCGUAUAUUUGUCCCUCCUUUGUUCUUUCGAACACUACAGUGCUGAAAUAUGUCUUUUGAAAGAUUGGAGCCCGCUACGGUCGCAGGUUCUAAUCCUGCCUCGGGCAUGGACGUGUGUGAUGUCCAUAGGUUAGUUAGGUUUAAGUAGUUCUAAGUUCUAGGGGACAGAUGACCUCAGAUGUUAAGCCCCAUAGUGCUCAGAGAAAUUUGAACCAUUUGAAAGAUGGGUAAUAUACCUCAUGUAACAGGCAUUUUGGACUGUAGAAACUCAUAUUUCGUCGCCCUAAAGCGCCUCAGACGUUAUCCCCAUGAACUACAUAAGGGUUGCACUGCCUCUUAGAUCGAACAGCGUCGACUAGAAAUUCUUUUCUUCUUACUGGGAGAGGUGGU